AUGGACCGUUUUGGCUUUUACCUCGGUACGAAUGAAGGUAAGAAAGGUAAGCUUGCUCGGAAUACUGCCACUGCGUCCCAUCGGAACGUAAAGCUUCGGAUUUUCGAUAUGUACCCGCAUCUUCGCGUCCCGACGGAGUUGAUCUUGCUAAAACAAGGGAAAACUUUGGAUAAGCAUUGCUUAACCCCUCGAGAAAAGGGUAGUUUAGUUAGUAAGGCUCCUUCUUGCACUAAGGAGGACUUACAAGCUUUGGUCCGUUAUGUCUACAGUACAGCACGCGUGCAUGACGACUACCAAGACGCCGCGCUAGCGUGUCUGAUG